AUGUGGGGUGAAAAUUCCACCCAACAGCUCCGUCUCCUGGAGUCUAAUCUCCACGCCUUUCGAAAGGAGGUGCCACGCGACAAGCUCGAAGCCUCAGAUGUGUACAAAGAGGUAAUGAGAGUAACGCUAGCAUUAGGAUACAAGUACCUUUGGAUAGACUCCCUGUGCAUAAUCCAAGACUCGGACGCGGACUGGAAAUACGAAGCCCAACGUAUGGCCAUUGUAUAUGGAAACGCAACCUGCAACCUAGCCUUUCUUUUCCCGCCUCAUUCCCCAGCGAAGCCCAGCCAACGUAGCGACCCCCGAACAUGGAGCCCAUGUGUAUUACGCGCUGCUACCCCUUCCAAACCAGGUAUAUACAUGCAUGAAGACACGACAAACGAGUUCCGCAAGGAGAUUGACAACUACGGGAAACACCGAGACUGGCUUGUUCAGCGUUCCUGGCCACUCUUCCAUCGUGCCUGGACAUUCCAGGAAUACCUCCUGAGUCCGCGUACACUGCUACUUGGGCACAAGAACCUCAUGUGGCAAUGCUCGUACCACUUCUACGACGAGUUGCUAGGACCUAUUGCUGCGCCCGUACCGGCCACAUCACCUACAACGGUCGUAGACCCUAAGCGAGGAAAAGAUCGAGGGAAGUCCAGAUACUUUCCAGAUAGUAUCCAUGAAAUUCAUGCCGCAAGUGCGAUAAGCCUUUCCCACCCGGCCGUCAUCUCCUUCCUGACCGAUUGGCAAAACAUCGUCAACGAGUACCGCAGUCGGAAUCUCUCGUUUGAAAAGGACCGCAUCGUGGCAUUUGCAGGCAUCGCUCGCGCGUUUUCUAAUCUAGGCCGUCUGACAUACCUCGCCGGACUGUGGAACGAGAUCCUUCCCGCUGCGCUACUCUGGUACGUAGAGAAGAAACCCUCAUGGCUCGUCCGCAUCGAGAACCAAAUUCCCAACGGCAAUCCAGUGCCAGAUCUUGUAUGGACCCCCGAGAUAAUACGAGACAAAUCCGCAGAGUCCGAAGCAGGGAGUAAAACGGCGCCCAUGCCACCACCCGACACACCCAGCUGGUCCUGGUUCUCCAUUCCCAUGUACAAAUUCUACCAGGUCUCCUUCCUCUUAGCUGACGACUCGCUUUUCGUCCGCUCCAAAGCACUCAACUCACCACAUCUUGUCGCAUGGCAUGACAUCUUUUGGGCCAAACCCCGGGGAUUCCAGUUCCCCGGCCACGCCGCACGCCACGCCCCCGACACCGCAGCCCAUGAGUUCUCCAGCGCGCAGAUAACCCUCGAGACGAGCGUUUUUUCUGUUGAAUCCAACUGGCCGGCUGAUCUGACAGCGCGAAUGCAAGCUAUCGCGAGUAGCAGCAACAGCACAGAACCUGCGGACCGCCAUUUCCGCUGGGAUCCAGAGCUGGAAUAUUAUCCUGAUGACCCUGCUGGUCGGGCGUCGCUGCCGCGUAAUGCGGUCUAUGCGUUACUGUCUGAAGUCCAGGUUGUGCGGACGGCGGGUGCGAAGAAUAUCCAGCGGCGGCUUGCGGGGUUGAUGCUGGUUCCUGGGCCGGUCAAUGGGACAUGGAGGAGGGUAGGUGUGUGGAAGUUGAAGAUUAACGUUCGAGGUGUGGUGGUUGAUGCGGGAAAUAUUGAGGAUGUUGCUGAGAGGUGGAAGGGGAAGAGAGUGGUAUCUGAGAAGUGGGAGCGAGUGGUGGUUACGAUUGUGUGA